GGAUGUUAAACUCGGCACAGACAGUCAUUCGAUGCUCUUUCCCCUCUUCUUGAUGAUACCUGGUGGGCGAGAGCCAGUGACGUCACGUCCCCGACCAGAGAUCCAUCUCCUCCGCGCUGCAUUCGGAGCAGCCCGUACAAUCAAGAGCAUUAAAACACAUCAUCAUCAUCGGAUCUAAUAUUAAAGCUGAAGAUGCUUCAGUCCCUCACCGGUAAUUCGUGCGUGCGCUUGAUACAGAGCAACAAAUCGGCAUGGUAUUUUCUGUUUCUCGUGCUCGGCUAUAUUCUGUAUCUCAUAUUCGGAGCGGUGGUAUUCUCCUCGGUGGAGCUGCCGUAUGAAGACCUCCUGCGCCAGCAGCUCAGAGGAAUCAAACGGCAGUUCCUUCAGGAACACAAAUGUCUGUCCGAGGAAAGGCUGGAGCGGUUUCUGUCCAAAGCGCUGGAGGCCAGCAACUAUGGGGUGUCUAUUCUCAACAACGCGUCGGCAAGCUGGAACUGGGACUUCACCUCGUCUUUGUUUUUUGCAAGCACUGUCUUAUCAACCACAGGAUAUGGUCACACCGCCCCUCUCUCUGAUGGUGGAAAGGCUUUCUGUAUCAUUUACUCUGUGAUUGGCAUCCCCUUCACCCUCCUCUUCCUCACGGCUGUGGUGCAAAGGAUCAUGGUCUAUAGCACAUGGCGGCCCAUUAUGUACAUUCAUACACAUUGGGGCCUGUCUAAACCCCUGGUGGCUGUCGUUCACGCAACCCUGCUGGCUGUCGUGGCUGUGUCCUGUUUCUUCCUCAUCCCUGCCGCCAUCUUCUCUGCCCUAGAAAAGAAUUGGAACUUUCUGGAGUCCUUCUACUUCUGCUUUAUCUCACUCUCCACUAUCGGUCUUGGUGACUAUGUACCCGGAGAGGCCUUUAACCAGAGGUUUCGUGAGCUUUACAAACUGGGCAUCACUGUGUAUCUCCUCCUCGGCCUGAUUGCCAUGCUGGUGGUGUUGGAGACCUUCUGUGAGCUGCAGCAGUUGAAGCAGCUGAGGAAGAUGUUUUAUCUGAAGAAGGAGAAGCCCCAGGACCGCCUGACCAUCAUGGAACAUGACCAUCUGGCCUUUAGCUCCAUGCCAGACGGUACUGUCAACUCGCCCCAGGAGGACAAAACCGAACCCUUUGUGGACUUCCCCGUCCUAACCUCUCCGGGAGGUGAUGACCCCAUGAUCAAGUAGAUGUUUUAGCCUCCAUCAACAUAACUCUCAUUCGAGGGAGACAUCUUUAGCCGAGGGGUCUUGCAAGUGACUGGUAGGAUACAGAAUUGUGAAAAAUUACUUGAAUAUGUCAUAUUUAACAGCCCUCUACAAAACCGUCCCAGUCUGGCUUCCUGUUCCUUGACGUGAUAAAAUCAUUCACUGGCUGAAUAUCUGUAAAUGAUUAUUAGCACACUUAGGCUGCCCCAUUAAAUCAGCAAACUACAUUAAAAAAGCAUGCAUAAUUACACACUAAACUCUAGUAUGUACUUGCCAACUGAGAUUGCGGAAAUGGUAGAAGUAAUGCUGACAGCAUUUGUGGCAUAAUGUUGAUUACCACAGAAAUGUUCACUUCUCCCUCCUUUUCUUUAAAAAAAUCUGGGUUUCAGUGAGGCACUUACAGUGGACAUGAAUGCAGCAGACUAUUUUGUUAUGUGACAGAAAAUAUGGGGAAUUAUGAAAUUAAAAUAUUAAUUAAAAAAAAUUGUGAUAAUCAACUUUUGCCACAAUUGCUGCCAGUUGAGCUUUACUUUUCAGGUAUGGAACAUGGAAUAUUCUUUUAUAGUCCAGAUUUUCAAAAGUAGACUCUAAAUCAAAAAGCACUUCUGCUCUGAUCUAAGCUUCGAAUAAAGACCACCAUAUUCUCAGAUCUUCAUAAACAUAUUGUGAGAGCUCACUUACAUAUAGUGGAGAACUGUCAUCAAACAUAGUAGUUGCACAUCAUGUGUUAAGUUAUUUCUGGUGUGAUCUACUUUGUGAGCUUGCAAACAGCUUAACUAGAGUAAGACUUAAAGGAUAUCUGGUACUAGUGGUGAAAGAAACUACUCUAUCUCUCAUGAAGCUGUAUUGCUCUAAUAAGACUAUAAUGUAGCAUAUACUGUAGCAUAAUCAGUGUAGAAACACAAAAAAAGAGUUAGCCUGCUCAAAAGCGAGUCAUUACACCAUUUAGAUGACAUUUGUAGUUAAAAUAAUCUAACAUUUAUCUGAAGGGAUAUUUUAAAUGUUUUAAAGGGGAAAACAUGGUAUACUAUAUAAUUUUCUUAUUUUAGAAGGUGAUUUUUUUACCUUGAUCUAAAUAUUAAAACGCACGGCUCGACAGAGUAAGUCAAACUCAGAUUACAUGGAUUUUUGAAUUCAUUUUGAAUAAUGGCUGGCUUCAUGUGUCCUUGUCCUAAGAUACUGAGAUCCAGCGCAAUGCCGUUACAUACCAAAAAAGGUUUGGUGAAAAUCUAGGAUUACUGAAUUGGUGUUCAGUAUUAUCGACUAAUUGACUGUAUAAAACUUAAGAUCAUCCAGAUCUUUAACUUGUUUGCAUUCAGAACAUUUCUGUGGCUAUUUAAUAAUCAUAAAAGAAUGAAUUAUAUUUUUGAAACAUGCUUGAAGUGUUGUUUACAAUAGAAUGCUUGUGUUUGUAUUAUGAGAAUGACUGUUGUAGGCACAGACUGAUGACUACUGUUUAAGGUCCUGUUGGAAGAUCACACUUUACUGCUGAUUGUGUUGUCACCGCAGUAGAAUGUCAUGACAUGUUUAUCACAAUAGAAUAAAAACUGAAUGUUUUAAGGCCUCAUUUUAACAGUUGUUGUGUCUGACUGUGGAGAUUAUUUACAGAUGGUGUCGUUUUUACAUGAAUAAACAUACUGAAUAUGAGCUCAGGCCAUGGCAAUUUGAAUGUGCUGAUGUGACAUUUUUAUUGUGUGAAUAAUGAAAUGCUCUGUGACAUCACU